AUGGCGCGCUCAUCUAGCCCCAAUGGCGCGGCCAAGCCGUUUGCUGCUUGGUCGACCAUCUUCUACCUGCUUCUCGUCUUCAUCGCCCCCCUGGCUUUCUUCGGUACCGCACACGCUCAGGAUGACUCUGUCGACAGCUACGGAACUGUCGUCGGUAUUGAUUUGGGAACCACCUACUCUUGCGUUGGUGUCAUGCAAAAUGGAAAGGUCGAGAUUCUUGUCAACGACCAGGGAAACCGUAUCACUCCUUCCUACGUCGCUUUCACCGAUGAGGAGCGCCUGGUCGGAGACGCCGCUAAGAACCAAUACGCCGCCAACCCCACGCGCACCAUCUUCGACAUCAAGCGUUUGAUUGGUCGCAAGUUUGAUGACAAGGACGUUCAGAAGGACAUCAAGACUUUCCCCUACAACAUCGUCAAGAAGGAGGGCAAGCCCGUCGUUCAGGUCGAUGUCAACCAGACCCCCAAGACCCUCACCCCCGAGGAGGUUUCCGCCAUGGUUCUCGGCAAGAUGAAGGAGAUCGCCGAGGGUUACCUUGGAAAGAAGGUCACUCACGCCGUGGUCACCGUUCCCGCCUACUUCAACGACGCUCAGCGUCAGGCCACCAAGGACGCCGGUACCAUCGCCGGCCUGAACGUUCUUCGUGUCGUCAACGAGCCCACCGCCGCCGCUAUCGCCUACGGCCUGGACAAGACCGGUGAUGAGCGCCAGGUUAUCGUCUACGAUCUCGGUGGUGGUACUUUCGAUGUCUCCCUUCUGUCGAUCGAUAACGGUGUUUUCGAAGUCUUGGCUACCGCUGGUGACACCCACCUGGGUGGUGAGGACUUUGACCACCGCGUCAUGGACUACUUCGUCAAGCAGUACAACAAGAAGAACAACGUCAACGUCCGCGAUGAUCUGAAGGCCAUGGGUAAGCUGAAGCGCGAGGUUGAGAAGGCCAAGCGUACUCUGUCUUCCCAGAUGUCCACCCGCAUCGAAAUCGAGGCCUUCCACAACGGCGAGGACUUCUCCGAGACCCUGACCCGUGCCAAGUUCGAGGAGCUGAACAUUGAGCUCUUCAAGAAGACUCUGAAGCCCGUUGAGCAGGUGCUCAAGGACGCCAAGGUCAAGAAGGCCGAUGUCAACGACAUUGUCCUGGUCGGUGGUUCCACCCGUAUCCCCAAGGUCCAGGCUCUUCUCGAGGAGUUCUUCGGUGGAAAGAAGGCCAGCAAGGGUAUCAACCCUGACGAGGCUGUCGCUUUCGGUGCUGCCGUCCAGGGUGGUGUCCUCUCCGGCGAGGAAGGUACCGGCGACGUUGUUCUCAUGGAUGUCAACCCCCUCACUCUCGGUAUUGAGACCACCGGUGGUGUCAUGACCAAGCUCAUCCCCCGUAACACCGUCAUUCCUACCCGCAAGUCCCAGGUUUUCUCUACCGCCGCGGACAACCAGCCCACCGUCCUCAUCCAAGUUUUCGAGGGUGAGCGUUCCCUGACCAAGGACAACAACCAGCUCGGCAAGUUCGAGCUCAACGGUAUCCCUCCCGCCCCCCGUGGCGUUCCUCAGAUUGAGGUCUCGUUCGACCUGGAUGCCAACGGUAUCCUGAAGGUUGGCGCCAGCGACAAGGGUACCGGUAAGGCCGAGUCCAUCACCAUCACCAACGACAAGGGUCGCCUGACCCAGGAGGAAAUCGACCGCAUGGUGGCCGAGGCCGAGCAGUUCGCCGAGGAGGACAAGGCCAUCAAGUCGAAGAUCGAGGCCCGCAACGGACUGGAGAACUAUGCCUUCAGCCUGAAGAACCAGGUCAGCGACGAGAACGGACUGGGCGGCCAGAUCGAUGAGGAUGACAAGCAGACCAUCUUGGAUGCCGUCAAGGAAGUGACCGACUGGCUCGACGACAACGCUGCCACUGCUACCACCGAGGACUUCGAGGAGCAGAAGGAGCAGCUGUCCAACGUUGCCUACCCCAUCACCAGCAAGCUCUACGGCUCUGCCCCGGCUGAUGAGGAUGACGACGAGCCCAUGGGUCAUGAUGAAUUGUAA